UCCAGCCUGCGGCUCCGAGGUCGCACUGGGCAGGCAAGAUGUCACAGCUGCAGCCCGAAUCGCUAAGGCGGUCGGCUGAGCUCCCGGGUCCCAGCCGCAGCAGACGAGUGCAGCGCGCGCCCCGGGUCGGGCGGAGCUAGAGGCGGGCGCCGGGCUGGCGUCGCGCCACCGCAGCUCCCCGCCUUCCGCCUAGCUCGCGCCCGGCGCCCUGACCGUGGGUGCUGCUGCAGGUACCUGGGCGAGGCCUCGAGCACCCCGGCGGCGGCUGCUCGGGCCAGAUCGCCACUCCGGAACCCCUCAGGAGCGCACCCCGCAGCGCCUGUCGCCUCCCUUAGCUCCUCCUCGGCGGGCGAUCCCCUCCCCGGUCCUCCCCCUCCUCCCACCCCGGAGGAUGCGCUUCCCAGUGCCCAGCGGCAGAGGCCACGGCUCCCAGAAAUGCGUGCUCCCGAACCACUUCGCCCAGACCCGCGGAGCCCGCGCCCCCGCCCAGUAGGGAUAUGACUCACUGAUUAAAGAGGACGUUUCCAAAUACUUUUUCACUUUUAGCUGUAUAUUAUGGAUACUAAGGAAGAGAAGAAGGAACAGAAGGAACGGAAACAGAGUUAUUUUGCUAGACUAAAAAAGAAAAAACAAGCCAAACAAAAUGCAGAGAUAGUUUCAGCUGCGGCCUCGAAGAGUCGUUCCGGGAAAGAUGAUGCUAAUUCAGACAUUUUGGAACAAGACAAGUUCAACAUUACAGCAGAGGGGGACCAUAGCAUUGAUGACAAAAAGAAGAGAAAAAAUAAUCAGUUAAAGGAAAUCAGGCGCACGGAACUGAAGAGAUACUACAGUGUUGAUGACAAUCAAAACAAAACUCAUGAUAAAAAAGAGAAGAAGAUGGUGGUCCAAAAGCCGCAGGGCACCGUGGAAUACACUGCUGGAAGCCAGGACACCCUGAACUCUGUUGCACUGAAGUUUAAUGUCACUCCCAAUAAAUUAGUGGAAUUGAAUAAACUCUUCACACACACUAUUGUUCCAGGCCAGGUCCUGUUUGUGCCAGAUGCCAACAUCUCUUCUAGUACCAUACAGCUUUCUUCAUCCACCCCUGGUGCUACUGUCUCUCCGUCAUCAUCAGAUGCAGAGUAUGAUAAGCUGCCUGAUGCAGAUUUAGCAAGAAAGGCCUUAAAACCCAUCGAGAGGGUCUUAUCAUCUACUUCCGAAGAAGAUGAGCCAGGUGUUGUAAAAUUCCUCAAAAUGAACUGUCGCUACUUCACUGAUGGAAAGGGUGUGGUUGGGGGUGUCAUGAUUGUCACUCCUAACAACAUCAUGUUUGACCCUCAUAAGUCCGAUCCCUUAGUGAUUGAAAACGGUUGUGAAGAAUAUGGUCUCAUCUGCCCCAUGGAAGAGGUGGUCUCCAUUGCCCUGUACAGCGACAUAUCCCACAUGAAGAUCAAAGACGCCUUGCCAUCUGACCUACCUCGGGAUCUUUGUCCUCUGUACAGGCCUGGAGAAUGGGAGGACCUGGCUUCAGAGAAAGAUAUCAAUCCAUUCAGUAAAUUCAAGUCCAUCAACAAGGAAAAACGACAGCAGAAUGGGGAGAGGACCCUUGCUUUAGAUGCCAAAUCAGUGGGCUCUCCUGAGGAGUCAACGGAACGUACUUGCACACGUAUAGAGCCCCCAGACAACUCUGAAUUGUGGAAAUUAAAGAAUCUGCAAUCUUCCAGGGGAACAGCCAGUGAGUCUCCCUCAGUGACCCAGCUCAGCAAGGGACCUUCCAGCAUGCAUGCUGCCUUGGAACCUACAGCCAAAGAAAACUGUCUCUUAAAAGGAGAUGAGGACUUUGUUGACUUGGAAGGACUUUCUUCUCAACCCGAGAGUGGAAUCAACCAAGGAGAUGCCACGAAAGAAUGUCUUUCCUAUGACCAAAAGAAGGAUGUGCCGCCGACAGUCAUGUCUUCAAGGAAGGGGCACGUGCAGUCAGCCCAGGAAGUUAUGGGACCAGAGAGUGAUACUGAACUGAAGGGAGCCCUAGAUUUAGAAACUGGUGAGAAGCAAGAUGAAGCACCAGAAGUAGACAAACAGUCUGGAUCCCCAGAAAACUUGGGGGAAAGCACGCUGAAUAUACACGAAGAUCUAGAUAAAAUUAAACUCAUUGAAUUUUACCUAAAUAAAAACAAGGAAGGGUCACAGCUGUUAGAAAAUGUGCAGAAGUCAGAAUUAAGUGACCGCAAAAGUAUUGAACCAGGAGGAAUAGACAUCACACUUAGUAGCUCUCUUCCCCAAGCAGGUGAUUCCCCACCUGAGGGCAACAAAGAGCCAGGUACACUCUGGGUAAAAGGGGGAGAAACUCUGCCCCUGAAACUAGAUCCUAGUGCAGAGGAAACUGUAAUUAACAAUAAAGAAGUUCUGGAUUCUAUGGGAUCAUCUCUAGACAGGAUGUGUCACAGUGCACAGAUGGAUAAUAAAUCUGAGAUUCAGUUAUGGCUGUUAAAGAGAAUUCAGGUACCAAUUGAAGAUAUACUUCCCUCAAAAGAAGAAAAGAGUAAGACCCCACCCAUGUUUCUGUGCAUCAAAGUGGGAAAGCCAAUGAGAAAAUCCUUUGCCAGUCACACCGCCACCAUGGUUCAGCAGUAUAGCAAGAGAAGAAAGCAGCCUGAGUACUGGUUUGCUGUUCCCCGGGAGAGGGUGGAUCACUUGUACACCUUCUUUGUUCAGUGGUCUCCUGAUGUCUAUGGGAAAGAUGCCAAGGAGCAAGGCUUUGUGGUGGUGGAGAAGGAAGAGCUGAACAUGAUCGACAAUUUCUUCAGUGAGCCGACCACCAAGAGCUGGGAGAUCAUCACAGUUGAGGAGGCAAAACGCAGGAAGAGCACUUGCAGCUACUACGAGGAAGAGGAAGAGGAGGAAGAGGGACUGCCCAUCCUACAGCCCCACAGUGCGCUCCUGGAAAAUAUGCACAUCGAACAGCUGGCCCGACGACUUCCAGCCAGGGUACAAGGUUAUCCAUGGAGACUGGCCUACAGCACAUUAGAGCAUGGAACGAGCUUGAAGACUCUGUACAGGAAGUCAGCAUCUCUAGAUAGUCCUGUUCUUUUGGUCAUCAAAGACAUGGAUAACCAGAUAUUUGGGGCAUAUGCAACUCAUCCCUUCAAGUUCAGUGACCACUAUUACGGCACAGGCGAAACGUUUCUCUACACCUUUAGUCCGAAUUUCAAGGUCUUUAAGUGGAGUGGAGAAAACUCAUAUUUUAUCAAUGGAGACAUAAGUUCUUUAGAACUCGGUGGUGGAGGGGGACGGUUUGGUCUGUGGCUAGAUGCUGAUUUAUAUCAUGGACGCAGCAACUCUUGCAGUACUUUUAAUAAUGAUAUCCUUUCGAAAAAAGAAGACUUCAUAGUUCAGGACCUAGAGGUAUGGACAUUUGAGUGAAACUCAGGCUGCCUUAAAAUAAAACAUGGAAAAGACUGGGUUAGAUUAGCCGUCUUACUGGAAGACGAGCCCCAGCCCUGGCUGCCUCACCCUUCAGCAAUGCUUUCUUCCUGCGGUUGUCUCAGAGCAUCAUAGCAAUGCAGACAGAUUCUGGAAGGUACCUGUGGAGGGCAGACACUGAAGACAGAAAUCUCAAGUCCAGGUUGUUUUAAAAAAGCAAAAAGACUUUGUACCUCCACUGCUUUCAAAUUCACACCAUGAGAAAUCAGAGUGUUUUUUGAUGUAUGAGUUGAAUGCAAUUUUUAUUUUUGGUAACUGUGAAAAAAUAUGAUACUGUGGAAAUACAUACCUUCCUUGUAUAUUUAUCAGCAUAAUUUUACCAAAUGUAUACUUUUUGUUUGCCAUAGAAAGCUAAAUCUGAUUUAGAGAAAUUGAAAGGAUAUAGCACUUAAAGGGAAUAUCUGAUUUUUUAAAAAACUUUUAUUUAUUAUUUUUAGUAUAUUGUCUGAAAUAUAUUGAUUUUUUUCUUUUAAUGUGUCAAAUCCUGAAAUAAAGAAAUGUAUAUGUUUUGUGCUAUUGGGAAACAAGGCUCUUUUGAUUUGUAUAGUUUUUUAUUCAUUUUUUGCCCUGAUUAUUUAGGGUAAUAUAAUCUUUAUUUAUUAAGAGAGUGAGAGAGGGGGAGAGAAAGAGAGAGACAGAGACAGAGAGAGUCAGAGACAGAGAGUUUUCAAAAGCUCAUUACCAAUGUUUUUUGAUCUAUUAUAGACCAACUUUUUUAUUUAGUUUUUAAGGUAAUCUUUGAAAACCCUAAGCAUUAGUGUGAAGCAGAAUAUAGCUUCUCUCCCAGUUGUAAGUUGGUGUUUAUUGAAAUACGGAUCUUUAUGAACAUGAAUGUACAAGUCCUACUUCUACAGAGUGUUUGUUUCUUAUGAAAUUGUGUGAAUUGUGUAUUAAUAACUAACUACGUUUCUUAGUUUUUUUUUAUUUUUUUCAUUUUUUUCCUUUUUUUUCUUUUACGUUGUUUCUUUCCAGGUGUUUACAUUAAUGGUAGCCAUCUGUUUUAAAAGAGAGUGUAUAAUUUGUGCAUUUUUAAUGUUGGAUAAAAGAUGCCAAGUUGGACCAACUUUCUUGGUUUCUUGAAUCUUACUGGAGAAAAAAACAAUUCAAAGAAUUACACUCAUAUCACAAUUGAAAGAAAAAAGAAAAUCUAUAUUUUUUUAAAUAUAAACUCAUUUUCACAUCAUUAGACAUCUUUUAUUUUAAAUAGUAGGAUAUAAAAUCAUUAAUGUUAUUGAUUGCCUCCCUCUUAUGAAAGCCAAAGACUACUAAUGGAAAAAAUUUAAAUAAUAGCCAAAGCUGAAAAGUAGUCUAUCACGAAUUAUUUCCCCAGAGAUUUUUGAACGGAAAAUGAGCAAACCGUGUUUACAUAUCUGUUUAUGUUCAUCAUAUUUUCAAGUCUUUCUUCCAUUUUAGACUCCUUGUAAGAAAACACUGUCCAGUGGUCUCUGUCAGGCCGAUCACUACAUUCACUGCCGUCCCAUGCUAGUUUAAAGGAAUGCUAUAAAAAUUUAAAUCUGUAGACCAUAUACACUUUUCACCCAAGUUCUCCCAUUGAGGACUCUUGCUUAAAAAUAUACAAUUUGACUUUGGUCUGCUCACACACAUGAGUUGGUGAGAUCCCAGGAAUGUCGUGUGGUGAUGAUGUUCACUGUCUGUAACCAUAUGCUGUUAAUGAACAAGAUGGUCAUUCUGCCUCUAGAUUACUCUUACCUAGUUUAGUCCAUGAUGCUGUACUCGUGAGAGCAUAUCCAGAUGCUGUGUUCUCUAUUUAAAACAGUAUUGUCUGAGCAGGAAUGUGUGGCCCUUCAUUAUGGAUUUCAACUACAUGUAAUGAUAUUCCAAUAUUUUCAAUAAAGGAAUUUAUGCAUUCAGUGUGAA